AUGAGUUCGAAGUCAAAGACGGGUCGUUUUGCUCUAGGUUUCUUUUCUUUUUCAUCCCUUUUCAUUAUCAUAGCAUUUGUUAGUCCCUACUGGUUAGUAACGGACGGUAAACUUAAAAAUCCCAAGUUUUUAAGGAUUGGUUUAUGGGAGGUAUGCUUUAAUGGUUUUGAAGAGGUCCAUCAUUGGUAUGACACGGUUUUCAAAGGCUGCUGGUGGAUUUUCGAAGAAGAAUACUAUAUUAUUCACGACAUCUUAUUACCGGGUUUCUUUAUAGCGACACAAUUUUUCUUCACAGUAACAGUGUGCUGUGUGUUAAUAUCAAUAUUCCUUUCCUACUUAUACAUGAAAAAGGAUCAGGAUGACGAUAACUAUGUCACUCUUUUGUUGACUUUUGGAACCGUUCUUGUUAUAGGAGGUUUUUCUGGCCUUAUAUCUGUGGCCACUUUUGGAGCUCGAGGAGAUGGCAGAGACUGGAUGCCUAAUUGGGAACACAAUGAUAUCGGUUGGGCAUUUGCCUUGGGUGUUAUUGGUGUCAUUUUCCUUUUCCCUGCUGGUAUAUUGUUCUUAAUAGAGGCUAGAGUUCGUAAAUACAAAAGAUUAAAUGAGAUGCAAAGUAGGGAGCCCUCGGCAUACACAAUGCAUGAAAGGAAAUCUGCCUAUCCAGGCCAUACAGAUAUUUGA